GGCAUUCUAGGAAUUUGAUGUCCAUGUGCCCAGCGAUUUGUCACACUUGCUUAAUCAUUUCAUCAGAAUGAAUUUUCCCUGACAAGACUAUAAAUGUCCCAUAUUGAUGAGAGGUUCAACAUUCGUGAACUGAAAGGGACUAGUGCAGCUGUGUCUGUCUUAUUCACGUUCCCGGUAACCGUCAUAAACUCAAAAGGGGAGGAGAUACUGAGAAGAUUCCAAGCAUUUAGAAUGAGAUCUCUCCAAACUGUUCUGCCCUUGCUAGCCAGCACUGUGCUGUGUUUGGGGUGCACCAUGCUGCACGCAGCUCCCCUGCCAGAGUUCUCCGGGGAUCAGGAUUUCCAGCAAUUCCUGCAGAAGGACCUGGAAUACAUCCGCAAAAUCAAAGGGGACGUCGCCCAGGUGCAGGAGCUUGUGUGCACGACCCUUCAGCUCUGCAACGAGGAGGAGCUGAUGCUUGUCAAGCAAAAACUGGGCAUUUCCCAGGCUCCGCUGAACCAGUGUCACAGCAAGACCUUCCAAGUGGAUGCCUGCUUCAGCCAGAUCCGGGAUGGACUUCAAAUCUACCACGGCCACCUCGCCAUCCUCCUCCAGCUCCUGCCGGCUCACUCCAGCCUAGUGGAUACCCUCCGGCUGGACGUCUCAAACCUGUCCACUAACAUCCAGCAGCAGAUGGAGGAUCUGGGGCUGAACACUGUGACGUACCCCAAGGCCGAGGGCCAUGGCACCCUCCCCAGCCUCUCGUCCGACUUUGACAAACAAGCCAGCGGAUUCAUCAUCCCCGCCAACUUCAAGCGCUUCCUGGAGGCGGCCUUCCGGGCCCUCCGCCACCUCACGCUGGUGUGAAGGGGUGCAGGGACGCGCUUCCCCCACCGCAGCCUCCUGCCCAGCGUUGGAGCCUGAGAAGUCCCAUGCCUUGGGGACGCUCCCGGCUUUGAGAUCUAAGGGGGAGCUUUAUGGGUGGGUGGGUGUAUAAGGCAAAGUCCCAAAUACUGGAACUGUGCCUCCAAAAUCGGGAUAUCUGGUCACCCUAUGCUCCAUAAAGGUUAUUUAUUUCUCAUUUGUGAGCUUCACCAUUGGCUGGUGGAUCCACGCACACGGCCCCAGUGCAAACACUGCCCAGCUUAUUUAAUAUUUAUCACUAUUUAAUAUUUAUGGGGGUUUGGAAUCCGUUGGCAGAAGUAUUUAAGUGCAACUGGUCUACGGUAUAUUUUUAAAGUCAAAAUCCAUUUCCUUUAUAACGAAUCACAGGCAACAUCAUUGAAUGUUUUGCAGCAUCAGAAAAUCCAGGAGCAGGGCCUGGGCUGCUGGAUGUGCAUUUUUAUGUGUGUGUGCAAUGUAGUUACUGUUUAAUAUUUAAACAAAUGAGCAUCUCCAGUACCAGGUUUUUGCUCUUUGGUAGCUGGACCAAGUAUAAGACUGGGAACCAAAAGCUCCUGGGUCUAGUACCAGCUCUGGCCCAACUCCCCGUGGGAUCUUGGGCAACAAUCAGUGCCUCAGUUUCCCCAUCUGUCAAAUGGGGGAUGCUAAUGUUUACCUACCUCACAAAGCUGGUGUGAGGGUUAAUUUUUUUCUUGUCCAGCCAAGGGCAAGGUCUGAGGGAGUAGGAAGUCAAAGCACCUGCAGAGAGGGGUUUGCUGGGAGCACUCAGCCAUUGAGCGUGGAGAAGCUGCGCUCUGGAAAGCCUCCGGAGCUUUGGAUUAGCCCCCAAGCACGGACGGAGCGCAGUACUCGGCCCAAGCCACUUCACUCCUUGCUUGAACACAAGCCUGCCGGGGGGGGCGGGUAAAUGGGUCAGGGCUCUUGGGUUCCAUUCCCGGCUUGCCCGCUGACUAGCUGCAUGUCCUUAUGUAUGUUGCUUCCCUGAUCCUUGCCUCAGUUUCCCCAUCUAUAAAAGGGGGGUAAUCCCCUUUAUCCUCAGAUGAAGGCACUUUAAAAUGUCAUUUUCCUUCCUGGCUUGUGGGCAGUGCAGGGACAGAACUGGCUAAUGUUGUUUUUGUUUGUAACAGUGCAUUUAUGCAAAACUGAUUAUUAUUUAACAGACUUGGCAGGAGGGCAGGCUCCUUAAUUAGCAAAGUCCUUGGCUGGGGUAUUGCUUAUGCAUAGCCAGCUCACCCUCCCAGAAACCAGGAGAGCGUGAUAUGAAUGAACCAGUUUUUCUGUAACUUUUUAUAUUAUUUUUAUAUAUUUAUAUUUUACAAAUGCACAAUCCACCGUUCCUCCUCGUUCACCCAUUAGAUUUACAUUCAGGUCACAUUGAUUUUAUUUAUUAUAAUUUAAGUUAAUUAUUUACAUCUUAAUUCUUAUUAAACUAUUAUCGCUCCUUUAAUUUCAAAUGAUUUUUUGCCGAAAAUGGCUCAGACGUGAAUCCUACCAGAUUUCUGUAUGGUUCAAAUUCCAGCUACACUGAAUCCAACCAGUGUGGACUGGGCUGGAGGGAUUGGUGUUGCCUGUAUGUUUCAAAGCUGUCACCAACAGACAACUCACAUGCAUUUUGAUAUAAAUCACAUUGUACUAGAUUAGAGGAGACUGUGCAAUUCUACCUCCCCAGAUGAUCCAGAUGAAGAAUGUCCAUUCUUGAAUGGUUGGAGUUUAAUUAAAAGAAUAAAUGCAAGAUCUUCAUUGACAAAUUCUGGAGUUUUGCCUAUUAGCUUGGCCAAAUGCCCAGCAGAGGGGAAUAUUUUGUAAUUGUCUUGAACUAGUUUAUAUUUCAAUGUGUUCUAUUUAUUACUGUGGCUGGCUGGGCUUUGGCUCAGACCAAAUCGAUUUGUAUUUUUAUUUAAAAAAGAGAAAUAAACAUAUUUUGGUACUUUUUAAAGCACGUGUUUGGCUGAAUGUAUCGGGAGGC